AUGGUGUCUCUCUUCUCUAUUAUUGUGACUUUUCUUGCUCUUGUACUGAUCCCUAGUCUCUUCAUCUCUCGUCGUCUAAGUGUUCCUCUCUCCUUCAGAAACAUCCUAAGAUUCGUCAAACUCACAGCUUCGAAGUACAAUGAUGAGGAAGAGAGGAACGACAAACGUGACACAAUGGAGGAGAAGAGACUGCCAAAGCAUGUGGCGAUUAUAUUGGACGGAAACAGACGUUGGGCGCAGAAACGUGGACUUGGGACAUUUGAAGGUCACAAGGCCGGAGCGAGGAGACUAAUGGAGAGUGCUAAGGACUGGUUCAAUAUGAAGACAAACACAAGUCACAAGGACAGAGCAAGAAAGCUAAUGGAGAAUACUAAGGACUGUUUCGAUAUGGGGACAAACACUCUCUCCCUCUUUGCUUUCUCCACCGAAAAUUGGGCGAGACCCGAGGAUGAAGUCAACGGCCUGAUGUCCUUGUUUGAGGAAUACUUUACGUCUGAGCUACCAGUCUUCAAAAGAGAAAAAAUCAAGAUCUCGGUUAUUGGAAACCGAACAAGGAUCCCCCAGUCACUUCAAGUUUUGAUCAAAGAAGCAGAGGAAGCUACAAGUAGCUAUGAAGGGAAGCAUCUCAUUUUAGCAAUAGACUAUAGUGGAAAAUUUGAUAUCUUGCAAGCAUGCAAAAAUAUAGCUGAAAAGGCUAAAAACGGGCUGAUCCAAGUUGAAGACAUUGACGAGAGUGUGAUAGAUAAAGAGUUGAUGACAAACUGUAGCGAGUUUCCAAAUCCUGACCUAUUAAUCAGAACGAGCGGAGAGCAAAGGAUCAGUAACUUCUUCUUAUGGCAAUCUGCUUACACUGAGCUUUACUUUACUAACGUUCUAUGGCCUGACUUCGGUGAGGAUGAGUUUGUUGACGCCUUGACUUGGUAUCAGCAAAGGCAGAGGCGAUUCGGUAGAAGAGUUUAAACUUUGUAGUUCAUGUCCCACUAAUAAAUUGCGUUUGUUUGCAAUAAUUUGCUUUUGAUGUUGUGUGUUCUUGUUCUUUGAUUAUCGCAUGGAUGUAUCAAUUGUUAUUUGUUAGUAACAUCGUUCUCUUGCAA